AAACUAAUUCGGAACUCCUAUUCAUUUCCUGUACUACUUGCAUUACUGAGUGGAGGCUUGACUCAUUAUACGAUUAAACUAGACUGUACUCAAGUAUUGGAAAUGACGGUUACUGUAUGUUUUAUAGGAUAAUUAUGAGAAAUUUGGUGGCUGCCUGUGUGAUUCUCGUGUCUGCUUCUGCUGUCUGGGCCCAAUUAGUUGUUGUAGAGGAGACAGACUGUUUAAAACGGCCAUGUCGCAAUGGUGGCUCUUGUGACGACAUCGCCGGUGACGGUAACUUUACCUGUGGGUGCCUCCCUCAGUGGAGUGGUCACUUCUGUGAACUAGACACCAAUGAGUGCCUGAAUCCUCCGUGUGAACAUGGUGGGACCUGCACCAACUCCCACGGUGGGUACUUCUGCGCCUGUACCGAGAUCUGGACCGGAAAAAACUGUGAAGAAUUUAAAAGAGUGACCAUUGUUGACCCGAAGCCAACCAUGGAGAUUUACCCAGAGAGAGAGAGGGUGGAUUCUGAGAAUGGCUCAAUAUACACCAGUUCUGGCGAUAUCGUGCUGAACAGCGGCGAGAACUUCACCAUCGAGUGCUUUGGGGACUAUCCUAUUAAACUCAUCUUCAAAAGUGAUCGAGUUGCUGAGGCUCCAGACUAUUUGGGAAUGGAUAUAAUUCGUCGUCCCAUCGCAAAUAUGUCACAAAAUGCACGAGCAUUUGGAGUGAUUUACCUGAUCAGCAACCCGACAUACAAGUACACGGGGGAAUAUGUGUGCCAGUACACCGAAAACAGUCUUCAUACCAGCAAAUACAUCUACAUCAGAGAUGAGGACAAUUUGUUUCUGGAAAAAAAUAAGUACCCAGGCGUUCCAAUAUUCAAGAACUCUUAUCUGUUUGAACCUUUGAUUUUACCGUGCCAUGUUUCUGACCCCGAGGCUGACGUCAAGCUCCUGACCAAUUGGGGGACGGAGGUACAACUACCAGACUCGCCCAUAACCUACGACCCCAAGACUGGAUUUCUAAUUGAGUUCCCCAGUUAUAGCUUUGUUGGGCCAUUUCGAUGUGCAGCCAGUGUUAACAAUGGAAUGAUGCAGACAAUAUCGUAUUAUGUGACUUUCAAUGUGGAAUACAAGCCAAGCCCCACCCUCCUGCCCCUGGGUGACCUGGAGAUUGUUCUGGGUGAGGAUUUUGAGCUGCGAUGCCAGGUGACGGUUCCUUUAAGUGUCCAAAGCGUCUCAAUACAAUGGAUGUACUCAUCCAAUGAGAACAAUGUCAGUCUACCUAUAUCAGCUCUAAUGAUAGCUCCUGGUCAGAGAUCUGACAGAGUACGAUUCACAAGGCCAGUAGAGGAUACCAGCAUGGCCAGUGAUAAGUCAAAGACCUACUUCUCAAACCUGACGGUGAUGAACGGAAUGAAGAUGGACCAGGGUCGCUACACAUGUAACGUGACCACCGGCAGAAGUCAAAGCACAGCGGUAUCCAAGAACGUUAUACUAGUAGGUGAUGGCCUUUUGGAAAUACAACAGUGUAAAAAAGGACAGGAGAUUGCUGAUUUCCGUGGAAACUGGACUGUCAUCACACAGGAGCAACAGAUAGGGGUACAGAUCUCAUGUCUUAUCAAGUCCAUGCCUUACCCCAAGGUCACAUGGUACUUCAAGGGUGAAGAACUUAACUUUAAAAACAGCACUGUGAGCCAGCGCUACAAUCCGACUAUGCUGAACACGACUAGAACCUUGACCAAUAUCUCUCUAUCAAUCAUGUUGCCAGGGAAGGAACAGGUUGGCCUGUACGAGAUCAUAGUGGAGGCAGGGACAAAGAGAGAGUACGCCCACUUUCAGCUGGUGUAUCAGUAUAAACCUGUAGUCCUCAUCCCAGCCAUAAACAAAGACGUCCCCUACCUCCUGCCCAACACGCGGUACAACGUCAGGGCCUUGGUGUCCGCCGUACCUCCAGCGACGUCCCAGGGCUGGCUGUGGCAGCCUUGUGGGGAGCUGCCUAGUUGUAAACAGAAUAGCAAUUCCUGGAGGAAUGUAACAUCCGACAAUUACCAACGAUUCAACCAAUCAGGACAUCUGAAAUAUUACGCUACAAACAGUAAAGGGACAGGAGAAUAUGUCAUGAAAAUCAAAGUUGCAGAGUACGAGACAGGACUAGGUAUACACAUAGAUCAAGAGAAGCCCAGCGUCAUACAGACAUUUCCACUGCAUGUCACAUGCACAGCAACAAAAUGGGAAUACUCCAAUGUGAAGGUCGUUUUCUGGGGUGAAACGGAUUCAUACUGGAGGGACGUGAACAUUCAAAAUGGGACCACUCUAUUGUCUCACAAUACCAGCCUCUCUUGGAUCUCUGAGUUGAGGAUUGAAAAUUUUGCACCAGAAAAUGUCGGCCUCUAUGGAUGUGAGGUGGACAUCUCCUCAAACUCCUCAAAGGGACACCUGAGCACCGGUGACGCUCUGAGGGUACAGAUGAUAUCUCUGGAAAAGCCAGUGUUUACCAAAAAUACUUUAACGGACAGCGUUGUGGAGACAAAUAUGGGUCACUCGUACCAUGUGAUGGACUGUAGCGCCAGGGGGGUGCCAGCGCCCUCUAUACAGUGGUUCAAGGAUGGACAACUCCUAAAUUUUACCAGUGAAUUCCUGGGCCUCAGCUUGUCUGAUGACAACACCAGCUUAACGAUCAACAAAACAGAUGUGGUGCAUUCUGGGAUCUAUGUAUGUGAAGUGGAAAACAUGAAUGGGGUGAUCUACAAAAACGUGACUCUCCAGAUCAAAUCUUCUCUCCAGUCUCAAAAAUUAAAGACAAAGGUAGAGAAGGGCACCAUCAUCGCUGUCAUCGUUGCUGCUGUCAUCGUCAUCGCCAUCGUCAUCAUCAUCUUUGUCAUCUGUUACAAGCGCCGGUCUAUGGCUCUGCAUAAAGAAUUGGAGCAUCAACUUAUCCAGCCCAACGGAGACUACAACCCCGACCUCCCGAUCGACGAACAGACCGGCUGUAUCCCCUACGACUCCAAGUGGGAGUUCCCCAAGAAACGAUUAAGACAAGGCAUGGUAUUGGGUCAAGGUGCAUUUGGGCGAGUCAUUAAGGCUGAGGCUAUUGGCAUUCUGGAGCACGAAGAUGUUACUGUGGUAGCCGUCAAAAUGGUUAAAGAUUGCACAGACAGGGACCAGAUGAUGGCCUUACUCUCAGAGUUAAAGAUUCUGAUUCACGUGGGGCAGCACCUUAACAUUGUCAAUCUCCUAGGAGCGGUCACCAAGGACAUCAGAUAUGGUGAGCUGUAUGUUAUCGUGGAAUACUGUCAUUUUGGAAACCUCCGUUCUUACGUCCUGAAACACAAGGAAGAGUUCCGCGACGUAAUGGAGGACGCGAUGGAUGCCGCAACAGAGAAGAAGCGGGAGGUGGCUCGGGAAGCUGCCGCGAACAAACCGUACUACUUGAACAAGGCACAGAUUGAAAACACUGCAGACUUAGUGGGACCACCGCUAACCACCAAAAACCUCAUUUGCUGGUCAUUCCAGGUGGCGCGUGGAAUGGAAUACCUGGCGUCAAAGAAAUACAUACACCGAGAUCUGGCAGCUAGAAACGUCCUGUUGGCCGAGGAUAACAUCGUCAAGAUCUGUGAUUUUGGAUUGGCCAAGGAUUUGUACCAGAAUCCAGAAUACCACAAGAAAACAGAUGGUCCAGUUCCUGUGAAGUGGAUGGCUGUGGAAUCUCUCACCCACAGACUGUACACCACCAAGAGUGAUGUAUGGUCAUAUGGUGUUUUUCUUUGGGAGUUGUUCUCUCUAGGUGGAAGUCCGUACCCUGGUGUUGAAAUCAAUGAGAAAUUCAUUGGUCUUCUGCAGGAUGGAUACAGAAUGGAGAAACCUCGAUUUGCCUCAGAUGAAAUGUACAAGGUAAUGCAAGCAACAUGGAGAGACGAUCCUGAUGAUAGACCUACUUUUACCCAGCUCGCUUCUAUCAUGGGUGACUUCCUGGAGGAAAAUGUUAAACAGUAUUACUUGGAUCUGAAUGAGCCGUACCUCAAGAUGGUGGACUUGGAGGGUGGGGCUUGUGGGGGCCCGGAGAGUGAGGGAUACCUCAAAAUGAGUGACAGGGACAAAACCUCUGACUACCUGAAAAUGGGGCUGGCCCCGCCCCCUCCAGUGGACCAAGAGGAUCAUGAAGGAGAUGUGUCCUAUGUAAAUGAGAAGAAAUGGAACAGAAAGAAGGAGAAGGGAGAGGGUACUGAACUUCAGCCACUGACCAAAGCCAUGGAGGCUGAAGAGGAGGUUCAGCUCCGGAAGAAAGACCGUGAAAAUUCUCCCGCCCACGUGAAUGUGCGGGCGGACGUCCAUCGAAGUGAUGACACAGAUAGUGGACACUCUAGUACAUACGCACCGGGAACUCCGCCGGAUAUUGGCAAUGAUGGCUACCUUGUAGCCAAAAGCGGACCAGGUCAAACAAUGAUUUUCGUUGCGAACAAUAAAUCAAGUCCACCCAAAAAUAAAACGAAAACAAAGUGCAGUGAAUUCACGAAGGAUUAUCAUGAUCCGCCACCGACGUACUCAACAGUAUUACAAGAUAGCGACAUCGACGUCUGAAGCUUUAACAGGAAAUGCGGGCAACAUUAGAAACAUGAAGGGAUAGCCACGCUAUGUCAAGGUCAAAAUUGUUCAAAUGCAAGAUGCUUGUUUGUAAACCUUUUUUUAUUCAAGAAAAGAUGUUCCCUUCUUUCAUUUGCUUUGCUUUUCCUACCCCCACCAAUUUUUUGCUUAGAUGAGUUGAUGCAAUCCUUGAUUGUUAUAUAGGUAUAUGAUUUUACACAUUCUUAGUGUACGAUAGUGUGUACUAGUCUGGAGAUGUCGGACAUCUCAGAUUGUAGCCCAAUACUUCGGUUACAUUGUUUGUUUUACCCUGUUCUCAUUGCCAGAAUUGCCAGAGUAUCAGCAUUACUUAAAUUUAUUUGUUUUUAUGGAGAUAGGUUGUUUGUAUUGAAAUGAAAACUACAGUGUAUUUCAAACUUUUAAUAUAGGUACUACUAAAUCAUGUUUUUAGAUACUUGUUUGAAUUGUGAUUGAGAUGCUACCACAUUGUUUGAAUUUGUACGGGUGUAGGAAAUGUUCACACAGGUUUGUUAAAGUGAAGCUUUGCUUAAUAUGUUGUAUAUAUUAUUAAUUUUACUGGGAAAUAUUUUAUUCCACCUCAGAUCUAAAAACAUGAAAAUGUAGACUUCUUUGAUAAUGCAAAGAACCUUUAGACUGACUCUGUGUUAUUGAUUGUAGAAAAAAUGGGUUUUUCAGCAAAUUAUUCACAUUUCACUUAAGGUUGUUUACUUUAAAACAAAGCAUCAACUUGGUGUUUUUUUUCUUUAUUAUUUCGAUGUACAUCUAUAUGUUGACACAUUUGUCUACAAGUACAGCGUAUAUGUACACAAAUAUCAGAGAUAUGGUACUACAUGUACAUCAUUUGUGAUCUUGUCUCUUGGCAACCUCAGCAAACCUUGUGCUCUUCAGUAGAUUUUGCUCAGAAUAUUUUGUUUUCUCCGCCAAGUCUGAGUUUGUUUUUACUCUUUCUUUACCGGUAAUAGACGGUCAAUACAUACAGUUACUUUCUGCUCAUUCUUUCCUUGAUAUGUAGAUUGCAAUUUUGAAGCCAGUUAGGGACCACUCAGUUUUUACCAAUAAGUAAAAUGUAUUAUUUUUGUAACAUAUUGUGUUUUUAUAUUUUUAUUUUAACUUGAUUUUCCCUUCUUUAUUUCUUUGUUAGUGUAAAACUAUAAUGUUGCUUGUGAUCUCAAUGAGAUCCAAUGAUAUGCACUGAUGAAAUGGCUUUCCAUCUAUUCUUGAAAUGAUAUUUGUCAUGAGCAGAAACAAACGAGACGAGCUCUCUGCUAAGUCAGGAGAACAUUAGAUUAAUGUGUGCAAUAUUCACUUACAAAACAAGUACAAUAUAUAUGCAGCACUUGUUAAAUAUGCAUUUUUGAAAACAUUUUCUAUUCUGGGAAGUAUUUUUAUAGGAUUCUUUUUAGUACAUAAUAACUGUGUAAAAUUGCACCUCUUUACAACAUUUUAUCCCCCUUUUUAAAAUUGUAUUUUGACUUGCCGUAGCUAUAAACUGGUACAUAAAAUGUACUGGUGACCGUCAUGUAGGUCAAAUGAUCUGUACCGUGGUAACUGAUUCAAUACAAAGCCUUGCUUUAAUUGUUUUAUAUUUGUUGUUCCCUAUAAACCUGUGCCUUCAUGUGUAUUAUCAUGUAUGUAUGUGUAUGUACAUGUGUAUCAUAUUUAUAUACCUCAUCACGUCAUUCCUUCUAUAGUCUAGUCACCAACAACCAGCCGAGUUUUACAUGUAUUUAUCUAAGCCGAACCACGGACUGAAAACAGGACCCAGAACUACAGAGAAAUAGGUUGUGAAGUCAUUAUCUCCAGAAUCAAACUCCAACGAGGCAUACUUAGAAGUUUUCAGGUUUUUUCCUCAAAUUAUUACAGUUUUAUUGAUUGUUAGUCAAUCUUUGUUGUCACUGUCAAUAAUAGCAAACUACUUUACCAAAAUAAAACUUCAAUAAAAGUUAAUAAUAUGA